CAACAUUUAAACUCCCGGAAACGCCGGGCGAAGGGCUUCAAACAUGUAAACAUAUUGGAAGUAGUUUUACAGAGGGACUUUUAGUAUGGUAUGCUGUGUGAAGGUGACACCGAGAUAAGGUAAACUAGAAGGGAUAAGCGCACAAAUGAUUACCAUAAGUGACUUCCUUUCUCUUUGUUUUGUUAGCUACUAGCUGAAGAGUCGAGGUUAGCAUAGCACCGGCUGGAUUGAUGUGAACCCACGUGUCAUACAUCCCGGAUUUCCCCCCCCUAAUAACUCAAUUUCAACAAACAUACAAGAGUGUAAUGUAACCGACAGGCAAGUCACUUCUUCUCGUUAGCAAUUGCCUUAAUUAGUGUUGUUUUAAAUUAUCCUUCCGCUAUCUUAAAGCAGUUCAGUGAGUCGUCGUUGGGUGGCGCUGCUGCUGCGCGAUGGACAACGAAAACAAAGAUCGUUUCUUCAUUGAGGAGUUUUGUAGUUCAGAAGGAGAAGAUGAGAUCAGGGUUAGUCGCCUGAGACGUCACAAAAUCUGUAAAGAGUCUCCUCGGCCGAGCAUGGAUAGCUCUCCUCCGCUCAUACUGGUGUACAACAACCCGAGUCCUGUUUCCAGUUUGGACCUGCAGGGGGAGGAGGACAGAGACCAGGAGGACAGAGACCAGGAGGAGGACAGAGACCAGCCUGUUGAGGAGUGGAUGAUCCUAGGGAGUGAGGAGCAGGUGGGAGACUCAAGUAUUCAUCUUAACCUGAGCUACUGGGACAACUCUGCGGAUGACUCUGGAGAUGAAGAUCAGAAUGUGAAGUCAGAGAUGGACACUUGGCAAGUAUCAGAGAAGGACAAGUGUGGUGCUGAGAAGUCUCAGCCCUUCCGCUAUUGGGUGCCUGGUAACUUUCAGGCCUGUAACAUCUGCAAUAGGAUGGGACAUCUCGCAAAAAGCUGCUAUUAUCAGAAGAAAUGUCCCACCUGUGUCCUCUGUGGCAUCCAGGGCCAUAUCCUGAGGGACUGUCCGCGCCGUCCCUGCUCCAGCUGUGGACUGCCUUCUCAUUGCUUCAGACCCUGUGAAAGACCCCCAGUUUGGAAUCAACACUGCAAGCGCUGCAGGAUGGCAGGGCAUCUCUCUGAUGCCUGCCCUGAUUUGUGGAGACAAUACCACUUGACUAUCCAACUAGAGGUUCCAGUAAGGCCAUCGACAGUCCACACCCCAGAACAAAAGGAAUACCUGACUUUUUGUUACAACUGCUCCAAGAUGGGACAUUAUGGUUAUGAGUGCUCUAAAAGGAGGAUGGUCAGCGGGAUGUUUCCCUCACUGCCCUUUGUUAUCCAUUAUGACUCAAUCAACGACAUCCUGAAACAUAAUUCAAGGAUGCAUGAAGGAUCAAAAGAGCUCAUAAGUGCUGGAUGCCUGCCUUUCUUAGAUCAGCAGACUGAACUAACACAAGAGAGUGGUGAGGAGAAUCUGGCUGUUCAAGGGAGGAGCAAGACAAAGCAGGUGGCGUGUAGCCAGGCUUGCAGGAGGAAGACGUGGCCAGAGAGGCGCAGAGAGAGACGGGAGGUGAAAAAGCUGAGGAGAGAGGCUCAAGCAAGACGAGAAGGAGGACUGUUGGGGAGAUCCAAGGGAAAAUUUGAUGAUGAAGUUUGCCCUUCAGACCCCUCCAGGUCUCUUCUUCAUGGUCAGAAGUCUCCAUCCCCUCCACAAAAGAAGAGGAGGGAUGAGGCAGGUGACAGAAGGAGCAGGAAGAGCAGAGAGGCAGAGAGAUGGAAGAAGAGAGGAGGGCUUAAACAUGGGGAUUUAUAUCCCCAUGGUGAUGUAGAUAUCAGUAGCGAAAACUUUCUUUCCCCAAAACAAAGAGUACGUCACAGAAGACGAUGAAGUGUGACUAUUUCUUCAUGUUUAAGGGUAAUGAAUGUGACUGGAUAAUAGUAAACAAUUUUGUACCUGU